AUGUCUACGUUUGCUGACGAGACUGCAGCAGAUGUGCCCGUUAAAGACAUCAACCUUAACCUCACUAAGGUCGGAGUGGGAUUAUCAGGUUAUUAAUGCCAUUGCCUACUACUUUACUGUAGUUUACUUUACUCUACCCUAUGCACCUUAACUUUUUGUGUCUAAACUGGUGGUAACUUCCUGGUUCUGUUUGCAGAGUCGCUGGUAGCCCAGAAUGCCCGGGCGAGGCAGGCGAUCUUGCGGGUGAGCAGGGAGGAGCUGGAGGACAGGUUCCUACGCCUCCAUGAGGAAAACCUGCUCCUUAAACAACACGCACACAAACAGGAGGACAAAAUCAAGAGGUGGGAACUGCACCUGGAUGCAUGCACACACAUGCAACACACGCAACACACACACACACACACACACACACACGUACACACAUAUUUAACAAAGGUUUCAACCCCAAUGCAUACCCCUACAGUAUCAAACCUUAGAGUUCAACAACUCUUCAUAUGGAUUUCUGACCCUUUCCUCUGCUCCCAUUCUAUUGAACUUCUAACUUGUUUUUCCUGACCUUGGCUUUUCACAGGAUGGCCACCAAGCUGGUGCGCUUGGUGAAGGACCGUCGGCGUGUGGAACAGGUGGCUGCAGGCGGGGUGCGUCCAGGGGGCCGGGACGUGGAGCUGGAGGAGAUGAUGGAAGAGCUGCAGGAGAAGGUGGACCACUUUGGAAAUAAGUGUAUGCGUCCAAAAUUGCACCCUUAUUCCCUAUAUAGUGCACUAGUUUUUACUAGGGCUCUGGUCAAAAGUAGUGCAGGGAAUAGGGUGCCAUUUGGGACACAGGCAGUGUUUUCAUGAAUGCUUUCAUGUGUUAUCCUCUGGGAUAUCAAAUGUGCAUCUUGUCGAUGUACGUUUUGUUUAUUUGCAACCCAAAAUCGAGUGUAAUUCAAUUCUAGGUCCAGGAGCUGCAGAUGCAGAAUGAGGGCCUGAAGCAGCGCCUGUUGGCCGCUAAACAGCAGCUGCAGACGCAGAGCAAACGGCCCAACCCCUACGGCCAUGUCCAAUCACGAGUCAAUACAGGCCUGCGGAGGCUUAAGGAGGACACAUUCACCCUGGCUCAGCUACCCCCUGCUGCCCCCAGAGGUGACCUUUUACUGUAGCUCUUUGAUACUCUGACACUGAAUCCCAAAUUAACUCCUAGUCUCUACUCCCUAGGCAUAGAUUGGAUAGGAAAGCAAUAUGGCGUCAACCUCAUGUUAGAAUUUUGGAGGGAGUUUUUCUGUUAGCCUUAACGUUUGUGUCUGUUUGUGUCUCCCAGGCCCCAGAAGUGUGGAGGUGGAGAUGAGUGGCAGGGCCCCCCAGGGACUGCUGCCCAGAUACGGACACAGUUUGCUGGACGACGCCAGAGCUGAGAUCCGCAACCUGUAUGUACUGUUCUUAUCAGCUAGCUAGACUGUAUGGGACGGUACUUUUUGCCCCAUAUUAGCAACAUCCCCUCCAUGACUGGAAUGCUCUCUCUCUUUCUCUCCCUAUCCUCCCUCUCUAUCUGUUUAUCUCUCCAUCUCCCCCUUCCCUCUCAUUGGUCUCAUUUUUUAAUAUAUAUAUUAUACAACGGGUUACCAACAUAUUCAAAUAAUGAUUGACGUAUUUUCAUUUAAAAAAAAAUAUUUUGAUGAAUUUAUUCCUACUAUUUCAUCCUUCCACAAGAUAUAGUCCCGACACAAGUCUAGGGUUGCUACCCAAGCCGGCUGAUCGUUCGUUCUAUCAGUUCAGUGGCCAGAGAUGCGACCCAGUCGUUCAGUCUUUUUGUUCUGUAUCUAUAGACGUUCUAAAUGUUCCAUUGCCAUACUGGCUGGCAACGUUCUUAUCCCUUGCUUGCUAGCUAGCCAACUACGGCUAAUUUACAGUCACGUCAAACAGUGCAGCCAGAAUAACAACAGUAGCUGCAUUUGCAUUUGUUUAAGCUGUUUUCUAGUGGCAUUUAUUUGGAGACAUUCAUAACAAUGAGCUAAUGAGGCGCGAUUUUGCCUGGCAUAGAAAAUGUGCUCUCUCGUCAGGACACUGUUGUUCAGAGGAGCCAGCCAACAACACAGCUAACACAAUCACUUCAAACUGAAGCUGGAAGACUGCAAACUAGCUGCACUUCGUUUUACCUUUUUUCAAUUUACAUUUCUUUGUAUAUAUCCAUAAAAAUGAUGCCAGCUGAUUCAUGAUUUCGACUGGCUGAGAAACGCUGUCUGCCUUUCUGUCUGUCUCGUCCCGACUCUCGACACGUUAAUUACUAUGGGACAGCAGGAGAUCGAAUUUGAAUAUUGAAACAAUGUUGCAAAUGUUGGAGAGACAGACAGCAAGGUUUAUACAAAUCUCUGCUGUUAAAAACUAAAUGUUAGUCUAAAAGAAAUGUGAGAUAAUGUCUAGAUGCUUUUUAUAGUGGAUAUUACGUUUAUAAAUUGCUUGGCUGGGCUGAUGAGACAGUGGAUUGCGCAGUCAGAUGGAACAGAGUAAAUAGGCAUUUUAACGUCAGAUUUAGCCGGUGGAAUAGACACCGGCUGGAAUAGACCAACCCGUUGUAUAAAUUAUAAUAGAGCCCCACAGUGGAGGUGUCAUAAAACCUAGCGGUCAAUCAGGACAAUGGUUCCAAUUGUUUUUCCACCAUUUGAUAAAAGUCGCCUUGUCCUAGAGAGAUUUACACGGUUAUCAAAACGUCACGCCAGGGUAAGCCUACACGAAACACAGCCCUUAUUUUAAGUGUUUCUAAAAUCCCCUAUGGGAAAAAUGAAUGGUGGAAAAAUGAUUGGAACCAUUUCCCUGUUUGACUGCUAGGUUUUAUGGGUGUUAUGACUCAUACUGUGGUAAUCUAUACACUAAGUAUUCUAAGCUGCAGGAGGAUCUCCUAUAAUUUUGUGCCGAUUUACAUCCGGCUGGCCACUGCUGUGUUUUGUAUUAUUUACCCAUAAUGCUAAUUGAAUUGACAUUCCAAAUGACCAUUAAAUAAAGCCCUGAUUUGAUUAUUUCUACCAAGAUUCAUUCGGUUGUCCAAAAAAACAGAACACUAAAAAACAUAAGCAUAAGCAAAAAACAGAACACUAAAAUACAUAAGCAAAAAAACAUAAGCAAAAUCCUUCCAAUAUUGCUAUUUUACUUUUCAAAAUGCAUACUGUCAUUAAUAAUUAUUGCAUCAUCAUUUAACCCAUGAUGACGUCACUCCGCCCCCCUCCAGCCCUAGAAAAGAGACCCCCGGCCCAUCUAAAAGUAAUUCAUAGUCUUAUCUAUCAAUCACAGACUAGCCGCCCUGUCCGCAGGCAACACAGCACCAGACAGGCCGCAGGCUUUAGACCGGCUGGGUAUCCUACCUGACUGAACCGCCCCCUCCCGUUUCUCCCUCCCGACAGACCCCUGGUAGUGUAGAAAUGUUAGUCUGCUUAAGUAAAAGAGGGCUUUUAACUACACUGAACAAAAAUAUAAACGCAACAUGUAAAGUGUUGGUCCCAUGUUUUAAUGAGCUGAAUAAAAAAUCCCAGAAAUGUUCCAUACUCACAAAAAGCUUAUUUCUCUCAGAUUUUGUGCACAAAUUUGUUUACUUUCCUGUUACUGAGUUUUGUCACACAACACAAUGCCACAGAUGUCUCAUGUUUUAUGGGAGCACGCAAUUGGCAUGCUGACUGCAGGAAUGUCCAGCAGAGCUGUUGUCAGAUAAUUUAAUGUUAAUUUCUCCACCAUAAACUGCCUCCAAUGUCAUUUUAGAGAAUUUGUCAGUACUUCCAACUGGUGUAACCACACCAGCCCAGGAGCUCCACAUCCGGAUUCUUCACCUGCCGGAUCGUUUGAGACCAGCCACCCGGACAGUUGAUGAAUCUGUGGGUUGGCACAACCGAAGAAUUUCUGCACAAACUGUCAGACUGUCUCAGGGAAGCUCAUCUGCUUACUCAUCGUCCUCACUAGGAUCUUGACCUGACUGCAGUUUGAUGUCGUAACCGACUUGAGUGGGCAAAUACUCACCUUCGAUGGCCACUAGCACGCUGAAGAAGUGUGCUCUUCACGGAUGAAUCCCGGUUUCAACUGUACCGGGCAGAUGGCAGACGGUGUGUAUGGCGUCAUGUGGGCGAGCGGUUUGCUGAUGUCAACGUUGUGAACAGAGUGCCCCACGGUGGCGGUGGGGUUAUGGUAUGGGCAGGCAUAAGCUACGGACAACGAACACAAUUGCAUUUUAUCGAUGGCAAUUUGAAUGCACAGAGAUACCGUGAUGAGAUUCUGAGGCCCAUUGUCAUGCCAUUCAUCCGCCGCCAUCACCUCAUGUUUCAGCAUGAUAAUGCACGGCCCCAUGUCGCAAGGAUCUGUACACAAUUCCUGGAAGCUGAACAUUUCCCAGUUCUUCCAUUGCCUGCAUACUCACCAGACAUGUCACCCAUUGAGCAUGUUUGGGAUGCUCUGGAUCAACGUGUACGACAGCGUGUUCCAGUUCCCGCCAAUAUCCAGCAACUUCACAGCCAUUGAAAAGGAGAGGGACAACAUUCGACAGGCCACAAUCAACUGAUCAACUCUAUGCGAAGGAGAUGUGUCACUGCAUGAGGCAAAUGGAGGUCACAUCAGAUACUGAUUGGUUUCCUGAUGCACACCCCUACCAUUUUUUAAGGUAUCUGUGACCAACAGAUGCGUAUCUGUAUUCCCAGUCAUGUGAAAUCCAUAGAUUAGGGCCAAAUUAAUUUAUUUAAAUUGACUGAUUUCCUUAAAUGAACUGUAACUCAGUAAAAUCUUUGAAAUUGUUGCAUGUUGCGUUCAAUAUUUUUGUUCAGUGUAAAACUGUUACGACUCUGACUUGUUAUUAUUAGAUGGUUUAUAAGAGUUUUAGGCAGUAGAGUUAAUAAUAGAUAAGUAGAUGAUAAUAAUAAUACUAAUAGCCCAAUCUGUUAGGGAAAUAUACAAUUAAAACAUUGAAUAAUUGUAUCUGUCCCUAACAAAUGAAUAAAUACAUUAAAACAAUGUAUUUAUUGAAAACAUUGAUACAUUCAAUAGUCAAGUCAGAUGCAAUGCACCAUUAUGGUUUAGUUUGCACUCAUUUGCAGCAUAGGCCUACAAUCAUUUAUUGAUCCAGUGGUUGGAUUCCAACCAUUAUAAAUGGCAAAUCAUUAAUUCAUAAACGUUAACUAUAGAUAUAACAUUGCACAACAUUGACAGACGACUACGGAAUAAAAUAGACAGGGGAAUAUAAACUGAAAGGCUAUUAGUUUAAAAGUAUAACAUUUAUAGGAUAAUUUCAAGAUCCAUAAUAAGCUGAAAAUCAUCUACAGUGCUAUGAAAAGUAUUUGCCCCCUUUCUAAUUUUCUCUACUUUUGCAUAUUUGGUUUGGUUUUCGCCAGGCAUAAUGGGACCCAUCUCGUCCAAAAAGUUGACUCAAGUUUGCCAAAAAGCACCUGGAUGAUCAUCAAGACUCUUGGAAGAAUGUUCUAUGGACAGAUGAUUCAAAAGUAUAACUUUUUGGACGACAUGGUUCCAGUAAUGCCUGGUGAAAACCAAACUCUGCAUUCCACAGUAAGAACAUCAUACCAAAGGUAAAGCGUGGUGGUGGUGGUGUGAUGGUUUAGGGAUGCUUUGCUGCCUCAGGACCUGGACGACUUGCCUUAAUAGAAGGAACCAUGAAUUCUGCUCUGUAUCAGAUAAUUCUACAGGAGAAUGUCAGACCAUCCGUCUGUGAGCUGAAGCGCAGCUGGGUCAUGCAGCAAGACAAUGAUCCAAAACACACAAUGAAGUCUACAUGAAAAUUGCUAAAAAGCAACAAAUUGGAAGUUUUGGAAUGGCCUAGUCAAAGUCUAGACCUAAUCCCAAUUGAGAUGUUGUGGCAGGACUUGAAACGAGCAGUUCAUGCUUGAAAACCCACACGUCACUGAGUUAAAGCAGUGGGCCAAAAUUCCUCCACAGCGACGUGAGAGACUGAUCAACAACUACAGGAAGCAUUUGGUUGGAGUCAUUGCAGCUAAAGGUGGCACAACCAGUUAUUGAGUGUAAGGGGGCAAUUACUUUUUCACACAGGGGAAAUGGGUGUUGCAUAACUUUGUUUAUGAAAUAAAUAUGUAAUUGUUGUGUUAUUUGUUCACUUAUGUUCCCUUUAUCUAAUAUUAGGUUUUGGUUGAAGAUCUGAUAACAUUCAGUAUCACAAAUAUGCAAAAGUAGAGAAAAUGCAAGUCUCCCUUGUGGGGCAGUGGUCUAAGGCACUGCAUCGCAGUGCUAGCUGUGCUACUAGAGAUCCUGGUUCGAAUCCAGGCUCUGUCGUAGCCGGCCGCGACCGGGAGACCCAAGGGGCGGCGCACAAUUGGCCCAGCGUCGUCCAGGGUAGGGGAGGGAAUGGCCGGCAGGGAUGUAGCUCAGUUGGUAGAGCGUGGCAUUUGCAACGCCAGGGUUGUGGGUUCGAUUCCAGUAUGAAAAAAAAUAAAAAAUGUAUGCACUCACUAACUGUAAGUCGCUCUGGAUAAGAGCGUCUGCUAAAUGACGUAAAUGUAAAUGUAAAUAACCUAAAAGGCCACUCAGCAAGGAAGAAGCCACUGCUCCAAAACCGCCACUAUGGUUUGCAACUGCACAUGGGGACAAAGAUCGUACUUUUUGGAAAAAUUUCCUCUGGUCUGAUGAAACAAAAAUAGAACUGUUUGGCCACAAUGACCAUCGUUAUGUUUGGAAGAAAAAGAGGGGGACUUGCAAGCUGAAGAACACCAUCCCAACCGUGAAGCACAGGGGUGGCAGCAUCAUGCUGUGGGGGUGCUUUGCUGCAGGAGGGACUGGUGCACUUCACAAAAUAGAUGGCAUCAUGAGGAACGAAAAUUAUGUGGAUAUAUUGAAGCAACAUCUCAAGACAUCAGUCAGGAAGUUAAAGCUUGGUCGCAAAUGGACAAUGACCCCAAGCAUACUUCCAAAGUUGUGGCAAAAUGGCUUAAGGACAACAAAGUCAAGGUAUUGGAGUUGCCAUCACAAAGCCCUGACCUCAAUCCUAUAGAACAUUUGUGGGCAGAACUGAAAAAGCGUGUGCGAGCAAGGAGGCCUACAAACCUGACUCAGUUUCACCAGCUCUGUCAGGAGGAAUGGGCCAAAAUUCACCGAACUUAUUGUGGGAAGCUUGUGGAAGGCUACCCGAAACGUUUGACCCAAGUUAAACAAUUUCAAGGCAAUGCUACCAAAUACUAAUUGAGUGUAUGUAAACUUCUGACCCACUGGGAAUGUGAUGAAAUAAAUAAAAGCUGAAAUAAAUCAUUCUCUCUACUAUUAUUCUGACAUUUCACAUUCUUAAAAUAAAGUGGUGAUCCUAACUGACCUAAUUUGGUUAAGGUGUAUGUAAACUUCCGACUUCAACUGUAUUAUUAUUAUUAUUUUAUAUAUAUAUAUAUAUAUAUAUAUAUAUAUAUAUAUAUAUAUAUAUAUAUAUGUAUGUAUAUAUAUACAGUUGAAGUUGGAAGUUUACAUACACCUUAGCCAAAUACAUUUAAACUCAGUUUUUCACAAUUCCUGACAUUUAAUCCUAGUAAAAAUUCCCUGUCUUAGGUCAGUUAGGAUCAGGUUUGUAGACCUCCUUGCUCGCACAAGCCUUUUCAGUUCUGCCCACACAUUUUCUAUAGGAUUGAGGUCAGGGCUUUGUGAUGGCCACUCCAAUACCUUGACUUUGUUGUCCUUAAGCCAUUUUGCCACAACUUUGGAAGUAUGCUAUAUAUAUACACACAGUGCAUUCGGAAAGUAUUCAGACCCCUUGACUUUUUCCACAUUUUGUUACGUUGCAGCCUUAUUCUAAAAUUGAUUAAAUUCAUGUUUUUUCUCCUCAAUCUACACAAAAUACCCCAUAAUGACAAAGCGAAAACAGGUUUGUAGACAUUUUUGCGAACGUAUAAAAAAACAAAAUACGGAAAUACCUUAUUUACAUAAGUAUACAGACCCUUUGCUAUGAGACUCAAAAUUGAGCUCAGGUGCAUCCUUUUCCCAUUGAUCAUCCUUGAUGUUUCUACAACUUGAUUGGAAUCCACCUGUGGUAAAUUCAAUUGAUUAGAGAUUAUUUGGAAAGGCACACACAUGUCUAUAUAAGGUCCCACAGUUGACAGUGCAUGUCAGAGCAAAAACUAAGCCAUGAGGUCGAAGGAAUUGUCCGUAGAGCUCCGAGAGGAUUGUGUCGAGGCACAGAUCUGGGGAAAGGUACCAAAAAAUGUCUGCAGCAUUGAAGGUCCCCAAGAAAACAGUGGCCUACAUCAUUCUUCAAUUAAAUACGUUUGGAACCACCAAUACUCUUCCUAGAGGUGGCCACCCGGCCAAACUGAGCAAUCGGGGGAGAAGGGCCUUGUUCAGGGAGGUUACCAAGAACCCGAUGGUCACUCUGACAGAGCUCCAGAGUUCCUCUGUGGAGAUGGGAGAACAUUCCAGAAGGACAACUGUCUCUGCAGCACUCCACCAAUCAGGUUCUUUAUGGUAGAGUGGCCAGACGGAAGCCACUCCUGAGUAAAAGGCACAUGACAUCCCGCUUGGAGUUUGCCAAAAGGCACCUAAAGGACUCUCAGACCAUGAGAAACAAGAUUUUCUAGUCUGAUGAAACCAAGAUUGAAGUCUUUGGCCUGAAUGCUAAGCAUCACGUCUGGAGGAAACCUGGCACCAUCCCUACGGUGAAGCAUGGUGGUGGCAGCAUCAUGCUGUGGGGAUGUUUUUCAGUGGCAAGGACUGGGAGACUAGUCAGGAUCGAGGGAAAAAUGAACGGCGCAAAGUACAGAGAGAUCCUUGAUGAAAACCUGCUGCAGAGUGCUCAGGACCUCAGUCUGGGGCGAAGGUUCACCUUCCAACAGAACAACGACCCUAAGCACACAGCCAUGACAACGCAGGAAUGGCUUCGGGACAAGUCUCUGAAUGUCCUUGAGUGGACCAGCCAGAGCCCGGAAUUGAACCCGAUCUAACAUCUCUGGAGAGACCUGAAAAUAGCUGUGCAGCAACGCUCCCCAUCCAACCUGACCGAGCUUGAGAGGAUCUGCAGAGAAGAAUGGGAGAAAGUCCCCACAUACAGGUGUGCUAAGCUUGUAGCGUCAUACCCAAGAAGACUCGAGGCUGUAAUCGUUGCCAAAGGUGCUUCAACAAAGUACUGAGUAAAGGGUCUGAAUACUUAUGUAAAUAUGAUAUUUUAGUUUAUUUUGUAUACAUUUGCAAAGUUUUUAAAAGAACUGUUUUUCCUUUAUCAUUAUAUGAUAUUGAUGAGGGAAAAAAACAAUUUAAUCAAUUUUAGAAUAAGGCUGUAACGUAACAAAUUGUAGAAAAUGUCAAGGUGUUUGAAAACUUUCCGAAUGCACUGUAUAGAUAGGUAGGUAGGUAGAUAGAUUGUGUGUGUGUGUGCAUAUAAACAGUCAGUGGCAAAUGUAUUAGGUACACCCAUCUAGUACCGGGUCGGACCCAACUUUGCCUCCAGAACAGCCUGAAUUCAUCGGGGCAUGGAAACUUUGCUCAGUUGGUAUCACGGGACCUAACAAGACCGUUUUCCACACCACUGUUGUACUGCUCCGUUAUUUGCCUGCUUGUGGCCCGCCUGUUAGCUUGCAUGAUUCUUGCCAUUCUCCUUCAACCUCUCAUCAACGAGCUGUUUUCGCCCACAAGACUGCCGCUGACUGGAUGUUGUUUUUGUUUUUCUUACCAUUCUCGGUAAACCCUAGACACUGUCGUGCAUGAAAAGCCCAGGAGGCAGGUAACUGCCAAAAUAAAGGAAACAUUAAAAUAGGGUCUUAAUAGGUUGUUGGGCCACCACGAACCUGAACCGAUUCAAUGCACCUUGGCAUAGAUUCUACAAGUGUCUGGAACUCUAUUGGAGGGAUGCGACACCAUUCUUUCAUGAGAAAUGUCAUAAUUUGGUGUAUUGUUGAUGGUGGUGGAAAACGCUGUCUCAGGGGCAGCUCCAGAAUCUCCCAUAAGUGUUCAAUUGGGUUGAGAUCUGGUCACGGCAUAUGGUUGACAAUUGGGUUGAGAUCAUGGCAUAUGGUUGACAUCGUUUUCAUGCUCAUCAAACCAUUCAGUGACUACUCGUGCCCUGUGGAUAUGGUCAUUGUCAUCCUAUGGGUUCAUAGCCUUGGUAGACAAAAUAAUGGCCUGCCCAAGCGAUUUUAUACAUAACCCUGAGCAUGAUGGGAUGUUAAUUGCUUAAUUAACUUAGGAACCACACCUGUGUGGAAGCACCUGCUUUCAAUAUACCUUGUAUGACUCAUUUACUCAGUUGGUUCCAUUAUUUUGGCAGUUACCUGUAUAUUUUACCCUUUCUCUAAUCACUAUUAAAAGUAUAUAUUUUUUUCUCACUUUGCUUUAGCAACAGUGACCUUGUCAUUCAUGCUAAUAAAACUAAUCUGAAUCUUUGUCUGUCAGUGAGAAUGUGAUUGAGACUCAACGGUCUCACAUAGAGGAGAUGGACAGAGCUGCAGAGCUGCUGAGGGACCAGCUGAGGAGGAAGGAGAGAGAAUUUGAGGAGACGCUCCUUCACCUGAGAGAGCAGCAGACCACUGGGCAAAGGUAACAUACCAUACAGAAGUAGCUACUCUGCAUCUUAACAACACACUCCUCAAUCAACUACAUUUUUUUUUUUGGGGGGGGGGAUUCACAUCCACAAUAAGGGGUAGUAUUCACGUACCUGUGCAUCUCCAGUUGCUUUUCAGUAACGGCGUACAACGCGCGCACACACACACACACACACACACAUAACGCACACACACACUAUAUGGGGAAUAGUGAUCGAAAGCAUGCCUCUGUGUUGUGGUGUCUCCAGAUCUACUAUCAAGGACAACGUGGAGAUGAUCAGGUUGCAGAAGCAUCUUGUUGAGAAGGGCAACGCGUUCACUGUGCUCGAGGGCAGAUUCCUACAACUCCAAGAGGUAAAAUACAACUGCAUGUUCCAGGAGACACUAGUUUAUUAGCAAUGCUCUAGCAAUGUAUGGUGUGGAUUAUUUGUGAAAUGCAGGUUGCAUUAGUAUUGCAGCAGAUGGAGGUUUUAAGAAAAAUAUUUGAGCUGAUUCAGAAGAAGUUUUGGUCUCCACAGCACAUUCUCAUCAAUCGACAUGGAAACUUCAAAUAUCUUGUUCUUUCAAAGUGUUUGAAAGAACACAUACUAUUCAAACCCAGUCACCAUGGUAAUGACCACCAUGUUGUGAUUGCAGAGUCAGAGGACCUUGAAGGCCAGUCAUGAAGCUGUGAUGGCCAAGGUGGAUGAGUUAACGGGCCAGCUGAAAGACGAGCGAUUGAGGAGUCUGGGCCUGGAGAGCAAACUACAGGCCAACUCAUUCUCACAGAGAAGGACAGAGGAGGUAACCUUACAAUACAUUUGGGGCUGGUUUCCCAGACCCAGAUUAAGCCAAGUCCUCGACUAAAAAAGCACUUUCAAUAUUCUCCAUUGAGCAUGCUUUAUAGUCCUGGACUAAGCUUAAUCUUUGUCUGGGGAAAAUGGCCCUUAUGGUUUAGUCAUUUAGCAGGCUCUUUUAUCCAAAGCAAUUUGAUGAGACUGAAGCAAUCUCAUAACAUUGUAGGGAAACCCUUGGCUAAUAAACUAUCCUCUUUUUAAUGAAACACAGUUGCAGGAGCAAAUCUAUGACCUGGAGAAGGAGAGAGUGCUGCUGAAGGACAACUGUGAUAAACUGGUGAACAGGUGAGGGAUUGGACGCCACGUUUGUACGUUGCUGUGCAUGUUGAAAUCCUAUAUUGAAAACUUUUCUGUAUGAUCAUUUUGUGGAUGACAUAUGGUUUUGUGUUCGCAGUGCUUUCGAUGUAAGCCAGGAUCAGAAAUGUAGGAUGCGAGAGCAGCAGCUGAAACUACAGAUAGCCCAGCUAGAGUUGGCACUGAAGUCGGACCUGACAGACAAAAACGAGAUUCUGGACAAGAUUAAGGUUGAAAGAGGUAACUGUCGACCAGAACCUUUUGUGUGCAUUCACAUUCAGAAACAUUUUACAUUUUAAAUGUUUUAAUUGUAUUAUUAUUUUAGAUAUGAAUGAAAAAUUUAGUCAAGAAAAUGAAGAGAUUCAGCUUCGGUUCCUGGAGCAAAAGCAGCAGUUAGAUGAAAUAAAGGAUCGAAUAAAGUUUUACACCAAGGUACAGGAGCCAUUUCUCACUCCAUAUAAAAAUGAAUGUGUUUUUGAAUGCGUAUUCCUCAACCAACAUGGUUAUAGAUGUGCAUUCAUGUUUCUUUCUCUUCCAGGAGAGUGAGAUCGAUGUGGCAGAACUCAGUGAGGCACUGAUGUUAAUCAAGGUAAUUGGUCAUUUUAUCUCAAUUCAAAUGUAUUUAUAAAGCCCUUUUUACAUCAGCAGAUGUCACAAAGUACUUAUACAGAAACCCAGCCUAAAACCCCAAACAACAAGCAAUGCAGAUGUAGAAGCACGGUGGCUAGGAAAAACUCCCUAGAAAGGCAGGAAACUAGGAAGAAACCUAGAGCAGAACCAGGCUCUGAGAGGUGGCCAGUCCUCUUCUGGCUGUGCCGGGUGGCGAUUAUAAGAGUACAUGGCCAUUUAGGCCAGAUCAGUCUCUCAUCUCUACCUGAAGUCAUACUGUAAUGUGCACUUAGACCAUAUAGUGGGGGGAAAAAAGUAUUUAGUCAGCCACCAAUUGUGCAAGUUCUCCCACUUAAAAAGAUGAGAGAGGCCUGUAAUUUUCAUCAUAGGUACACGUCAACUAUGACAGACAAACUGAGAAAAAAAAAUCCAGAAAAUCACAUUGUAGGAUUUUUAAUGAAUUUAUUUGCAAAUUAUGGUGGAAAAUAAGUAUUUGGUCACCUACAAACAAGCAAGAUUUCUGGCUCUCACAGACCUGUAACUUCUUCUUUAAGAGGCUCCUCUGUCCUCCACUCGUUACCUGUAUUAAUGGCACCUGUUUGAACUUGUUAUCAGUAUAAAAGACAACUGUCCACAACCUCAAACAGUCACACUCCAAACUCCACUAUGGCCAAGACCAAAGAGCUGUCAAAGGACACCAGAAACAAAAUUGUAGACCUGCACCAGGCUGGGAAGACUGAAUCUGCAAUAGGUAAGCAGCUUGGUUUGAAGAAAUCAACUGUGUGAGCAAUUAUUAGGAAAUGGAAGACAUACAAGACCACUGAUAAUCUCCCUCGAUCUGGGGCUCCACGCAAGAUCUCACCCCGUGGGGUCAAAAUGAUCACAAGAGAACGGUGAGCAAAAAUCCCAGAACCACACGGGUGGACCUAGUGAAUGACCUGCAGAGAGCUGGGACCAAAGUAACAAAGCCUACCAUCAGUAACACACUACGCCGCCAGGGACUCAAAUCCUGCAGUGCAAGACGUGUCCCCCUGCUUAAGCCAGUACAUGUCCAGGCCCGUCUGACUUUUGUUAUUGACCAAAUACUUAUUUUCCACCAUAAUUUGCAAAUAAAUUCAUUAAAAAUCCUACAAUGUGAUUUUCUGGAUUUUUCUUUCUCAUUUUGUCUGUCAUAGUUGACGUGUACCUAUGAUGAAAAUUACAGGCCUCUCUCAUCUUUUUAAGUGGGAGAACUUGCACAAUUGGUGGCUGACUAAAUACUUUUUUUCCCCAACUGUAUGAAGAAAAAAUAAAAGGAAAAAAAAAACAUGUAUGCACUCACUAACUGUAAGUCGCUCUGGAUAAGAGCAUCUGCUAAAUGACUCCAAUAUAAAUGUAUACAGCAUCACCAUAUGCUACCACUCCCAUCCACAAGUGGGCAUUAGUAUUACAGUUUGCACUGAAACGAACCCCCUUCCCGGUUAUCACUAGUUUACCACAGCAACAAAGUCAAAAUUGGCUAUAUUGUAAAAAGUUAUGAAAACAAAAAAUAGCUUUUUGGUUUUCAUUUAAGGUUAGGCAUAAGGUUAGCAGUGUGGUUAAGGUUAGGGAGCAGGUUAGGGUUAGGUUUAGAAUCAGAUUUUAAGAAGAUAAAUUGUAGAAAUAGGUGGGGUUUAGCCAGAAUUCUAACUUUGUUGCUAUGGUAACUACUGACGACCAUUCUUCUCUCCCUCAGGUGCGUAAGUCCCACAGGAGUGGUGAGCUAGGCUUCCUGGAGCAGGUGGAGGAGGAGGUGCGUAGCGACACGGAGAACUCCACGAGGGAGCUGCAGGCCAUGCACACUGAGACCAUCCAGGAGCUGGAGAAGACCAGGAACAUGCUCAUCGUCCAGCACAAGAUCAACAAGGACUACCAGGUACAUGGUUAUGCACAGCAUGAAUCACUUACUCUACACUUAGGAAAGUAGCUAGAUAUUCCAUAACAUUUGCAACAAGGACAAUUUAAUGGUGUCUUACAUUACACAUACUUUAUAAAUUAUCUUUAUUUGUAGUAUUUUACUUGAUAAGGUGACAUACUUAAAAAAAAAAAAAAAAGUUUAACCGUAUUCUUGUGUCUCAGGCGGAAGUUGAAGCGGUGACACGUAAGAUGGAUAAUUCCAAACUGGAGUACGAGCUGAAGUUGGAACAUCUUGCCCAGCUGCUGGACACGAGGGCUGCCAAGAUCAAGAAACUAGAGGGUGUGUAUUUAUUCUGACAUGAUUGUAGUGGGUUGUGGUGAUUUUAUUGUUUUGUCUAGUUUUGUGUUGUUUGGUUUUGUCUUUAUUGUAAUAUAAACUGAUUUCCUUGUUGUACUGUACUCUCUCCAUUCACCCCACAGCCCAACUGAAAGACAUUGCCUACGGCACCAAAACACACGUUUUCAAACCCGAGGUUACAGACGACGACGUGGCCGACGAGUUCGACGAGACCGUACACCUGGAGCGUGGAGAGAACCUUCUGGAAAUCCACAUCGGCACGGCGACCCUCUCCUCAGUCGCCUUGGAGACACUGAGCGACCGUGAGCCCUCCACCUUCUGCACCUACGCCUUCUACGAUUUUGAGCUGCAGGCUACACCUGUAGUCAGGGGCGCCCGGCCAGCGUACGGCUUCACGUCGCAGUAUGUGGUGAGGGUGGACGACCUAUUGCUGCAGUACCUUCACACGGGUUCGGUGACACUGGAGCUCCAGCUGGCCCGGGGCAUGGACUUUACGACAGUGGCUGUGGGGCAGCUCAGGCUAACGCAGCUCCUGGAGAACGACAGCAAAGCCCAUGGGACCGUACAGCUGGUUGGUGAGGGAAAAGGGAUUUUAAUAUGGACUUCUUUCUAUCAGGGUAUGUAACUCAGAUUAUCAGCUAUCUACUGUAUAUCCAGUACCUACAGUAACUCUGCUCUCAAUUCUCUGCUCCUCAGGUGUGGCUGGCGAGGUGCAGUCGUUUGGCUCUGUGGAGUACUGGGUGAGGCUGCGGGUGCCCAUGGAGCAGGCCAUCCGGCUGUAUAAGGAGAGAAUGAAAGCCCUGGGCUACCUCAGCUCUGCUUUUAAUGAGGAACAGCAGGUAGCUAGUGGAAAUUGUAACCAAACUAAUCACUCUUGGACAGACUACGUAAAAAAUAGUACCAUACAUACACUACAUGGCCAAAAGUAUGUGGACACCCCUUCAAAUUAGUGGAUUUGGCUAUUUCAGCCACACCUGUUGCUGAGCACACAGCCAUGCAAUCUCCAUAGACAAACAUUGGCAGUAGAAUGGCCUUACUGAAGAGCUCCGUGACUAUCAAUGUGGCACCGUCAUAGGAUUCUGGAGUGGUGUAAACCUCGCCACCAUUAGACUCUGGAGCAGUGGAAAUGCGUUCUCUGGAGUGAUGAAUCACGCUUCACCAUCUGGCACGGACAAAUCUGGGUUUGGCGAAUGCCAGGAGAACGCUACCUGCCCCAAUGCAUAGUGCCAACUGUAAAGUUUGGAGGAGGAGAAAUAAUGGUCUGGGGCUGUUUUUCAUGGUUCGGGGCUAAGCCCCUUAAUUCCAGUGAAGGGAAAUCUUUAACGCUACAACAUACGAUGACAUUCUAGACGAUUCUGUGCUUCCAACUUUAUGGCAACAGUUUGGGGAAGGCCCUUUCCUGUUUCAGCAUGACAAUGCCCCCGUGCACAAAGCGAGGUCCAUACAGAAAUAGUUUGUCGAGAUCGGUGUGGAAGAACUUGACUGGCCUGCACAGAGCCCUUACCUCAACCCCAUCGAACACCUUUGGGAUGAAUUGGAACGCCAACUAAGAAGCCAGGCCUAAUCGCCCAACAUCAGUGCCCGACCUCACUAAUGCUCUUGUGAAUUAAUGGAAGGAAGUCCCCGCAGCAAUGUUCCAAUAUCUAGUGGAAAAUCUUCCCAGAAGAGUGGAGGCUGUUAUAGCAGGAAAGGGGGGACCAACUUCAUAUUAAUGCCCAUGAUUUUGGAAUGAGAUGUUCGACAAGUAGGUGUCCACAUAUUGGAUGCGCCGGAUAACAAGCAGCAGUAGUUCUGGUGCUUGAACCCAGAACUUAAUCUGACCAAAUUCUGUGAGAUUUUAGUUCUGGGUUAAACAAGAUUUAUAACCAGGCCACAACACAGAACUAGACCAAAUGUAAUGUCCACCCUAUUUUGGUGGUUCAAUGUUGCUGGUUCAAUUGCACAAAACUUUAGUUAAAAUACUUAUUUCCUACUUGGCCCAUAAAUCCUUAAUAACCCCACUCUGUUUUUCUAUAAUCCCUAAGCCGUCAACCUCAACCCUCCAGUCAGUAUCAGCCAACGAAGGCCUGAACCUGAAUGAGCUCAACGUCACCGUCCGAUGCUGCAGCAACCUGACAUCCCGCCAGGCCCACCCACCCAGCCCCUACGUGGUCUACCAGUUCUAUGACUUCCCUGACCACGACACCUGCAUCAUGGGCGACUGCAGCGAGCCUCAGUUUGAGGACCACAUGUCCUUCCCAGUGGCCAUGGAGGCAGAGCUGGACAGCUACCUGAAAGCAGGGGCUCUGCUGCUCUACGUGUUCGAUGACCACGAUACCCAGAGUGAGAUGUACCUGGGCAAGGCCAGGGUGCCCCUCCUGUCUCUGGCCCACGACAAGGCCAUCACUGGUUAGUUUGGUAGUUAAUCAGGGUGGUUAGUUAGAGCAACUACACUGGUAAUUAUUGACUUUGAGUGUGUUUGUAUGUGUGGAGGUUUGGUUAGUACUUUUAUCUGUCAGUGUCUUCAAACUGUAUACGUUACUUCCAUGUUUUGCCUAUUUUAUUGAAUCUUAGUCACACAAACGACUCGUUUUUGUUUGAGUGGGACCAGUUGGGCCACUCCAACCAUUAACAUCCCCUCUGUGUGUCCUAAUUUCAGGUACAUUUGAGCUGACUGACCCGUCCGGCCUCCCCAGUGGCCAUAUUGAUGUGAUGCUAAAGUGGAAGUUCACCUACCUCCCUCCUCCUGGCUCUACCAUGACAGUUGAACAGGCCAAGUUUGUACCCAAAGAGAGACCAGUGAAGCUAACAACACGAAAGGUAGAGGAGAAGAAGGUGGAAGUGGAGGAGAAGAGGGAAGAGGAGGAAAAGAGGGAGGGAAAGAAAGAGGAGUUGAGGAUGGUGGUGAAGGAAGAGAAAAGGGCUAAAGCUCUUCUUCCUCUUCCUACUACUUCCACUGUAUCUGAGGUAAGGAUGGUUUGAUGGAUUUUGAGGUGGCUUCCAGUACAGAAAUAGUAUUUACUACGAUGUACCUUUUGAAAUGCCAUUUGAUGGGAAAAGAUUGAUUUCAGUUACCUUUUGGUUUUUGAUUUGUCAUGAAAUUGUGUUUGAUUCUUGUCUCCCAAGAUACCGUUACCAAAACCUAGACUACGGACCUUGGUGAAAGACAAAACGGCAAGCAAAAAGGUCUCAUUCAUGGAUGUCACAGCCCCUGAAAAUCAAGAAACUGAAAAUGUUUCAUAUCCCUCUAGUUUGCCUGGAACAGAGAAAAGGGAAGUCUCAAAGCUACCACCCAUAACAAAGGUACAUUAUGUCUCUCGUCUCUGAGUUAUACGUUAUAUUAAACACAUACCUUUCCUGAGGUUUGGUGAAGAUGGGAUUAUUUUACUUCAUGUUAUAGUUGUAAUUUUAGCUUGUGUGUGUAUAUACACUGGAACUGUAAUGAGGCAAUUCAAUGUGAUGAUUAAGCUUUAUUUAGAGUUACUGUCUACUGUGAGAUUAUGCAAGGGUUACAUGCAUAGAACGGUGAUGUGCUCCACAGGUGGUCACAGGGUCAGAGGUAGCACCAAUUCCUCCUCAGAGCACCACAGAGGAAGAGGAUGAUGAGGAAGAGUCUUACUUCUCUGAGGGACAGGUGAUCGCAGCCAGCUCUCAGUCAACCUCAGACGAAUCAGACAUUUCCGAGGAGAUUCUCGAACAGAUGGAAGGUAAGCAUCUCACUGAUAUCAACAACAACAACCCUAACAGAAACAUGUAACAAUAAUAACAACCAGUUUUCUGUUUUCCUUUGUCCAACGAUAACGCUAAUAAUUUGUAUCAAGGUCCUAUCGGAAUUGGCAAGGAUAUGUUUGUUUUCCCUGCUCUCCCUGUCUUGUGUUUUGGAGUGCAGCUGCAAUUUUUCUACUUCUUGCAUCAAUCUUAAUCAUUUUCCAGCAAGGCCUGAUUUACAAACAAAACCCAAACCUGUACUGUAACUCUCUUAAGUAUGACUUUAGUGUACAGUACCUGCUUUUUAGUCUAACACUGAGUUAGGAUAGGGUUAGGGCUGCAGGUCAGCUCUGGCUCUUCAGCCUUACACCCACAUUUACAUUUUAGUCAUUUAGCAGACGCUCUAAUCCAGAGCGAUUUACAGUAGUAAGUGCAUGCAUUUUUGAACUGGUCCCCCAUGGGGAUCGAACCCACAACCCCUGGCAUUGCAAGCGCCAUGCUCUACCAACUGAGCUCCACGGGACCAAAUCCCCUAUGGAUCCUUAGGAAACAAAUACUCACUAUUGUAUUCUCUUUUAAGUGCAAACUGUCCAUGUUAUUGUUUGCUGGCAUGUUUCUUCACCAGAAAGUCCAUAAAUAUUUAAUUCUGCUGCCAAUAGUCUUCAGGCUGGGGAUAGCUGAGCCCAUCAAUGUUAAUGCUGACCUUGAGUAGUACAGGACAGACACCCCCUUCAAAGUUCAGCAGUGGUACAUAGAGUUGAAGUCGGAUGUUUACGUACACCUUAGCCAAAUACAUUUAAACUCAGUUUUUCACAAUUCCUGACAUUUUAUCCUAGUAGAAAUGCACUGUCUUAGGUCAGUUAGGAUCACCACUUUAUUUUAAGAAUGUGAAAUGUCAGAAUAAUAGUAGAGAGAAUGAUUUAUUUCAGCUUUUAUUUAUUUCAUCACAUUCCCAGUGGGUCAGAAGUUUACAUACACUCAAUUAGUAUUUGGUUGCAUUGCCUUUAAAUUGUUUAACUUGGGUCAAACUUUUCGGGUAGCCUUCCACAAGCUUCCCACAAUAAGUUGGGUGAAUUUUGGCCCAUUCCUCCUGACAGAGCUAGUGUAACUGAGUCAGGUUUGUAGGCCUCCUUGCUCGCACACGCUUUUUCAGUUCUGCCCACAAAUUUUCUAUAGGAUUGAGGUCAGGGCUUUGUGAUGGCCACUCCAAUACCUUGACUUUGUUGUCCUUAAGCCAUUUUGACACAACUUUGGAAGUAUGCUUGGGGUCAUUGUCCAUUUGGAAGACCCAUGUGCGACCAAGCUUUAACUUCCUGACUGAUGUCUUGAGAUGUUGCUUCAAUAUAUCCACAUAAUCUUCCUUCCUCAUGAUGCCAUCUAUUUUGUGAAGUGCACCAGUCCCUCCUGCAGCAAAGCACCCCCACAGCAUGAUGCUGCCACCCCCGUGCUUCACGGUUGGGAUGGUGUUCUUCGGCUUGCAAGCCUUCCCCUUUUUCCUCCAAACAUAACGAUGGUCAUUAUGGACAAACAUUUCUAUUUUUGUUUCAUCAGACCAGAGGACAUUUCUCUCAAAAGUACGAUAUUUGUCCCCAUGUGCAGUUGCAAACCGUAGUCUGGCUUUUUUAUGGUGGUUUUGGAGCAGUGGAUUCUUCCUUGCUGAGUGGCCUUUCAGGUUAUGUCGAUAUAGGACUCGUUUUACUGUGGAUAUAGAUACUUUUGUACCUGUUUCCUCCAGCAUCUUCACAAGGUCCUUUGCUGUUGUUCUGGGAUUGAUUUGCACUUUUCGCAGCAAAGUACGUUCAUCUCUAGGAGACAGAACGCGUCUCCUUCCUGAGCGGUAUGACGGCUGCGUGGUCCCAUGGUGUUUAUACUUGCGUACUAUUGUUUGUACAGAUGAAUGUGGUACCUUCAGGCGUUUGGAAAUUGCUCCAAAGGAUGAACCAGACUUGUGGAGGUCUAAAAAAAAAUUCCUGAGGUCUUGGCUGAUUUAUUUUGAUUUUCUUAUGAUGUCAAGCAAAGAGGCACUGAGUUUGAAGGUAGGCCUUGAAAUACAUCCACAGGUACAAAUGAUGUCAAUUAGCCUAUCAGAAGCUUCUAAAGCCAUGACAUCAUUUUCUGGAAUUUUCCAAGCUGUUUAAAGGCACAGUCAACUUAGUGUAUGUAAACUUCUGACCCACUGGAAUUGUGAUACAGUGAAUUGUAAGUGAAAUAAUCUGUCUGUAAACAAUUGUUGGAAAAAUUACUUGUGUCAUGCACAAAGUAGAUGUCCAAACCGACUUGCCAAAACUAUAGUUUAACAAGAAAUUUGGGAGUGGUUGAAAAACAAGUUUUAAUGACUCCAACCUAGGUGUAUGUAAACUUCUGACUUCAACUGUAUCACUCAGCCUGCAUCAAUGAAACUCACUGUCAAUGCCAAUAAGAAUAGGUCAUGUCAUGUCAACUGUUCUCAUUCUCCCCAGUUCCUUUCGAAACACGCAUGCAGUGUACACACACACACGCUCACAGCAACACUUAUGAAUCUUGUCCUACUUAAUCACUCAGUAUUACCCCCCCUCACUUGCUUCCUUCUGCAACACAUCAAGCCUGAAAUGCUCUCGUUGGUUAUGACUGAAUCUCUAUUCCCCCCCCCCCCCCUAUUUUUCCCUCUCUCCCCCCUCCCCCAGAUGUGGAGGAGGCCCCAGUGGUGGAGUACGAGGAACAGAGUGAAUCUAUCCUCUCAGACAGUGAUGACUGCAUUGUUCCUGGCCAGUCCUCCAUGGGACAGAAGGUGGGUGGACCAAGGAUAGAGGAUAGAACCCAGCCUGUUUACCUUGUACUCUCAGAGUCCAUUGAGGAUAGGAGUAAAGUACAGUUGGAUAGGAAGUACUGUAUCAAGGUUGUUGGGCUUGUUGUGUUUAUAUCAAGGCCGUUGGUUCUUCAAUGUACACAGUGUAAGGGCCAUGUAUCACGGGAAUAUAACACCAGCAUCCAGGUGAAAGCUGAUGAUCAGCUUUGGGGAAAAAAGUUUUACUCAACAAGUCUAGUUUGCUUUAAGUUAUUUUUGUUUAUGUUACCAACCCCCAAUGUUUGGACAAACCUCUAGUGCUGUAGGUAUAUUUACUGUGCCAAGGUUUUCUACUGAUCACCUUUAACCAGUUUGUCAAAUGGGAUUAUUGAUUCUUUAUUCAAAGCACAAAACAAAACACAAGUAUUCAUUCAUCAUUAAUGGUGUGGAUUUGAACUGUACAGAUAUAUCCAGUUCAAUAUUAGCUGCAGUAUUAUUGUUGAUGGAUAGAAAAGCUUAGAAAGAUGGAUAGAAAAAAGAUUUCUCACUGAUCAUCUAUCUGGAAGGAGGUGGAGCGAUUGUUCUGCAAGUGAGUUACUUGUAUAUUCCUUUCACAUCUGCUUAGAAUGUUAUUUUACAGUAUAUUUAUAAUUUAUUUUGCUAUUUUAGAUUACUCUCAUUAUUUUAGUAGUUUAUAUUUCAGUACAAUUAUGUCUGAUCCUUCCAAACAUAUUAGGAGGUAUAAGAAAUAAGGAAUCAUCUCCAGUAUAUGACUAUCUGGAAUUCUUCAGUCAUUACUGCCCUGAUAGGUUAAGAUUCUACAGAGUGUUCUUAUAGACACAUCAGCCUAGUAAAUGGGAUCCGCAGCAUCAAUAUUAACCAAUAGACUUUCCAAAAUCCCACCACAGGUAAAGCCUAAAUGAUGAUCAACCCUUGUUUAUUCCAGUGGAGUUCUAUUACCGAGUCUUAUUACAUUACAGCGUCCUGUUUGUCUCUGCAGCCUUCUGCGCGUGUGCGUGUGGAGAUAGUGUCUCUGAGCCUGAGGCCUGAGUCGCGGGCAGCAGCAGACAGUAGUGUGGUCAGGCUGUUUGUAGAGUAUUCCCUGUUGGACAUGCCCUCUGAAGAGACGCCACUGUCCCUGUCCAAACCCUCACCGGGCAAGACCAGCCACUACAACUACAGCAAUGGUAAGGGAUACCAGAGAGAGCCUACAUACACUAAUACACUCACAUAUAUGCUGAACACACACACACCACAGGAGGUUGGUGGCACCUUAAUUGGGGAGGGUGGGCUCGUGGUAAUGGCUGGAGCGGAAUAGGUGGAACGGUAUUAAAUAUAUCAAACACAUGGUUUCUAUGUGUUUGAUGCCAUUCCAGCCAUUUUUAUGAGCCGUCCUCCCCUCAGCAGCCUCCACUGACACACACAUAUACUCUCUCAAGCACACACACACACACACACACACACACACACACACACACACACACACAAACAAACAAAUACUCAUACAAUGUACACUCUGUCAUUCUUACUGAGCCCUUGCCAGUGUAGAAUUUCAGCUACAGAUAAAGUAGCUAAAGAGCAACUGACAGGCUUGAUGGAGCAACUCUGAAAUGUUUCCUCCAUUGACUCUGUAUGUGUGUGUACUUGGAGUGUCAGAUAUGAUUCAGUAAGCCAUGCCUUGUUUCUCCUGACAGUGAUUCAUGUGGACAUAGAGAAUAACAAGACCAGACGGGAGAUUCUAAGAGGGGUACUAGAAGGACGCAACCCACAAAUGGAAAAGUAAGAAAAAGGUUAAGAGUGUGUGUGUUUGUUUGUACAUUGCGUGUGCGUGCGUGCGUGCGCAUGCAUUCUGGUAGUAAAAAAGGAGGCAUAGCUGAGAUUUCCCUUGCAAAACUGAAAGUAACAUUACGCAACAUUACUGUCAGGUAGAAAAUAGCCUAAAUGAAUAGACCAGAUAGUGAUGAGUUAUGUGCUUCUCUAUGGCAUUGCUGGUCAUGGAAGACAAGAAGGCGAGACCGAGGACAGCACUGUUCUAGACUGAACUGUUCUAGAAAUGACAGACUGUAGAUCUAGAAAUUUACAGACCGUUCUAGAGAUUACGUAUUAACCUUGCCUGACCACUGACCUGCUGUGAUUGGUCCUGUCUAACCUCUGGUGUGUUGUGAUUGGCCAGUAUCAGGUUCACGGUGGUGAGCGAGCCACCGGAGGAGGAGGAGCAGGAAAAAGAGUGUGAAGACGUGGGCGUGGCCUUCUUCAGGAUCCCUGACAUCCUGGAGCAACAGCAGGACCUGAUUGAGACCAGCCUGAACAGUGAGUAUUGUGUAUGUAUAUUGUGUAGAAAACUGGGUCUUUAUGUCAACUUGUGCAACAGGAAGUAAAACCUUUUUGUUUUCUCUCACCCCAUCCCUCUGUUUUUCUUUGUGCGUCUCUCUCUAUCGCUCUCUCUCUUUCUUCUCCCUCUCCCACUCUUUGUCUCUCUUUCUGAGUGUGUAGUUGUGGAUGUGCAGGACAGCAGUGUGGUGGUGGGCAGUCUGUGUGUGUCUGUAGAGGGACUGGAGGCACUACAGUCUAUCAUGGAGGACCCAGACCAUGACUACACGCCCCUCUCCUCACUGGAACAAAAGGCAGAGGGUUAACUCACAACAAACAUGUUACUAGUGUGAAUGACUGGGGUGUGGAGCCGGGGCUCCUGCACGCCACAAGACACAAGUCUUCUGGUCUCAGACAAGGUUACCUAUCACA